AUGGUCGGGACCCACCUCCUCCCGCCCAACCUCCUCAAGCUCUUUGCCCCACGCCCGCCCCUCCCGUACCUCAAGCCGACAGGCCGCGACCCCGACCUCCCUCUCAAGUCGCUCUCUACACGACGCGCGCCGAAACCCAUCGUUGUCAGCGAGACGCUGCGGCAGAUACGGGAGGAGCGAGAUGAGAAGGAACGAGAGGCGAUAGAGAAAGGCGAGAGACCUGAUCGAGGCGAGACAGAAGAUGAGGGUGUAGGAGCGGAGACGAAGCAGCAGGCGGAAGAGGCGGAAGUCAAGGUCGAGGAGGUGACUGGAGGAGAGGUCCCCGCGAAACCCGAUGGCGAUGCCGGCGUCAAGGGCGACGAUUCGUCGGCAAUGGCAGAAGACAAGGAGGAGGGCGAAGAACCCGAACGAGCGGCGGCAGAAGCGAUCGCGGCGUCAGCCAAGGACGGCAAGAAGGCUGUCAAGGCGUCGCAGCCAACCGACGCCGUCACGGUCGACCUGUGCGAGGAGGAAAAGUUCCAGCUGCGCAAGCGUGAACGGCAGCGGAAGAGGGAGGAGGCCAUGUCCAAGCCUUUCGCCCCUCAAGACGACGAGGAGAUCUGCGGCGACCCGUACAAGACGCUCUUCGUCGGCCGGCUUCCGCUCGAGGUGACCGAGAAGGACCUUCAGCGCGAGUUUGAGAUCUACGGCCCAAUCGAGCGUCUCCGCCUCGUCACCGACGUUCACACGGGCAAGAGCAAGGGCUACGCAUUCAUCGUCUACGAGCGCGAGCGCGACAUGAAGGCUGCGUACAAGGACGCCGACGGGCUCAAGAUGAAGGGCAAGAGGGUCUUGAUUGAUGUCGAGAGGGGACGGACCGUCAAGGGCUGGAAGCCGCGCAGGCUUGGUGGCGGGCUCGGUGGCAGGAUCAAGAAGCUCAAGGGCGGCAUCCCCGCACCCGAGCCCGUCGCCUUCGCUCCCUCCGGCUUCGCACCCCGAGGAGGCUUCAUGGGCGGCCGAGGCGGCGGAUUCCGCGGCGGACGAGGCGGCUUCGGUGGACGGGGCGGCUUCGGCGGACGGGGCGGGUUCGGCGGCCCCGGCGGCGGCUUUGGUGGUCCACCUCCUGGAGGUCCGAACUUUGGUCCGCCUGGUCAAGGCUACGGCAACCGAGGAGGGUUCGGCGGUGGAGGAGUCGGAUACGGAGGGAUGUCGGGUGGUCGAGGCGGUUACGGUGGCGGGCCUCCUCCCAGCGGACCGGGCGGACACGGCGGACCUGGAAUGUUUGCGCAGGGCGAGAAGCGGUCGUUUGGCGAGGGUCCGGGGAUGUACGGCGGCGGACCUGGAGGACCCGGGAUGGGUGGACCUGGGAUGGGCGGGCCGGGUAUGGGAAUGGGACCGCCUGGAGGAGGAGGAGGAUACCCGGACGAGAAGCGGCUGCGGUAUUAA